AUGGCUCAGAGUGGACCUCUGAUGGAUAAAAUCACUUGCUCCAUCUGUUUGGAUCUACUGAAGGAUCCGGUGACUAUUCCCUGUGGACACAGCUACUGUAUGAACUGUAUUAAAGACUGCUGGGAUGGAGAAGAUCAGAGGAGAAACCACAGCUGCCCUCAGUGCAGGAAAGAGUUCAUACCGAGACCUGAUCUGGAGAAAAACAUCAUGCUAGCUGAUUUAGUGGAGGAUCUGAAGAAAACUAGACUCCAAACUGCUCCAACUGACCACUGCUAUGCUGGACCUGAAGAUGUGGCCUGUGAUGUUUCUACUGGGAGGAAGAUGAAAGCUGUCAAGUCCUGCCUGGAUUGUUUGGCUUCUUCUUGUGAUAAUCACGUUCAACUUCACCAUGAAUCGCAUACUUUUAAAAAACGUAACCUGGUUGAAGCAUCUACUAAACUCCAGGAGAACAUCUGUUCUCGUCAUGAUGAGGUGAUGAAGAUCUUCUGUCGUACUGAUCAGCAGUGUAUCUGUUAUCUCUGCACUAUGGAGGAACAUAAAGGACAUGAAACAGUCCCAGCUGCAGCAGAAAGAGCUGAGAAGCAGAAGAAGCUCCAGGAGAGUCAACAACAAAUCCAUCAGAGAAUCCAGGACCAAGAGAAAGAUGUGAAGCUGCUUCAACAGGAGGUGGAGGCCAUCAAUGUCUCUGCUGAUAAAGCAGUGGAGGACAGUGAGAAGAUCUUCACUGAGCUGAUCCGUCUCCUCCAGAAAAGAAGCUCUGAUGUGAAGCAGCAGAUCAGAUCCCAGCAGGAAACUGAAGUGAGUCGAGUCAAAGAUGUUCAGGAGAAGCUGGAGCAGGAGAUCACUGAGCUGAAGAGGAAAGAUGCUGAGCUGGAGCAGCUCUCACACACAGAAGAUCACAACCAGUUUCUCCUCAACUACCCCUCACUGCCAGCACUCAGUGAGUCUACACACUCAUCCAGCAUCAACAUCCGUCCUCUGAGAUACUUUGAGGACGUGACACCAGCUGUGUCAGAGCUCACAGAUAAACUACAGGACAUCCUGAGAGACUCAUGGACAAACAUCUCACUUAAGAUUGCUAAUGUGCAAGUUUUACUGACUGAACCAGAACCAAAGACCAGAGAUGGAUUCUUAAUAUAUUCACAAGAAAUCACUCUGGAUCCAAAAUCGGCACACAGGGAUCUAUUAUUAUCAGAGGGGAAUAGAAAAGCAACAGUUUCUUAUGAACAAGAACAAUUUUAUAUUUAUAAUCAAAGCAAUACCAAUCCUUGUUUCACUGCCCUGAGCAGAGAGAUUCUGACUGGACAAUGUUACUGGGAGGUGGAGUGGAGAGGAAAAGCUAUUCGUGUUGCAGUUUCAUCUACACAGGCAGAUCAAGUUAUGUUUGGAUCAAAUAGUAAUUCCUGGGCAUUGCGUUGUGAUGAAAAAAGUUAUAUAUUUAUCUACAAUGAUGUGAGAUCUCCAGUAUCAGGUCCAGUUUCCUCCAGACUAGGAGUGUACCUGGAUCACAGAGCAGGUAUUCUGUGUUUCUACAGCGUCUCUGAAACCAUGACUCUCCUCCACAGAGUCCAGACCAGAUUCACUCAGCCUCUGUAUGCUGGGAUCUGUCUUUAUCUUGGAGGCUCUGCCGAGUUCAUUAAAUUGAAAUCCAGGUCCAUAUGUUUAAAAUACUCAUUUUAAACUUAUGUUAAUUUU